AUAUAAAUAUACUUAUAUGUAGAUUGUGUCAAUAAAUGAAACGUACAUUUUCAUAAAAUUUAUGUAAUUAAAUUCGUAUUAAAUCUUGAUAACUUGAUAUAUUAUAAAUAUAGAUGAUUAUAUAUUAUUGAUAUUAAAAUUUUUUUUAUGUGCAAAUCUUAAUGAAUAUGUUUUUAUAAUUAUUAUAUAUAUCAAGAUGUUGAUUUUUUGUAACGUAAAUAAGUAAUUUCAUAAUCAUUCUAUUUAAAAAUAAAAUUUAAUUCAUGAAUAUAAUUAUAAUAACGGAAGUAAUAAUUUUGAACAAUGUUUAAAUCAAAUCAAGAACCUGAUAUACCUGCAGCAUUAGGUCUAUUGUCACAUCUAACAAACGACGAACUAAAAGAAUUAUUAAAUGAUGAUUCAAAAUUCGAAGAUAUUGUGAAAGAUGUAAAACAGUUUAAAAAUUUAGAAACUGAAAAGGAAUUAUUAAUGGCAAGUAACACGUCUUUGGCAGAGUUUAAUUUAUCGAAACAACCUGAAUUACAAGAGGGUAAACAAAUAUUAAAAGAACUUAGUGAAAAAGGAAAUAGAUUAUGCAUAAGUGUAAAAGAAAAAUUAGAAGAAAUAAAAAAUAAAUCUGGAGAAAUGACUGCUGAUACUGCAUUAGAUUUAUUGCAAACAGCAGCAGCUGAAAUUGAAGAAGAAUCAGAAACCAUAGCUGAAAAAUUUUUGGCUGGAGAUAUAGAGGUUGAUGAAUUUUUAGAGCAAUUUUUAUCACGGCGUAAAUUAAUGCAUCUACGUAAAGUUAAAGUAGAUAAAUUAAGAGAAUUAAUAAGAAAAUCACAUUCUGUGACUAGUGGUCCUGGAUAUCCAAUUGCUAGUAAUUUUCAUAAUUUAGUUCCUGCAAUUCCUUAUCCAACUGGACCUGUUUCAAUGCCAAUGCCUGUACCAUCAGGUUUAUCACAUUAUAGGCCAUAUUAAAUUAUAUCUGAUAUAGAA